AUGAGAGAAAACAUGGCGACAGUUUGGCAACCCCAAGAAGACGGUUUGAGACAAAUAUUAAAAUUAUUAAAAGAAUCGCAAUCACCGGAUACAGCAACUCAGAGAAUAGUGCAGCAAAGACUAGAAGAAUUAAAUACAUAUCCAGAUUUUAAUAAUUAUCUCAUAUUUGUUCUUACUAAACUUACAACAGAAGAUGAACCUACUAGGUCCCUAAGUGGCUUGAUUUUGAAAAAUAAUGUUAAAGCUCAUUUUCAUACUUUUCCUCCUGAAGUGACAGAAUUUAUUAAAUCAGAAUGUUUGAACAGUGUAGGAGAUCCUUCUCCUCUUAUAAGAGCAACUAUUGGAAUAUUAGUAACAACAAUUGCAUCCAAGGGAGAAUUGGCAAAUUGGCCAGAUUUGCUACCAAGGCUAUGCCAUUUAUUAGAUUCAGAAGAUUAUAAUGUUUGUGAAGGAGCAUUUGGUGCACUUCAAAAAAUAUGUGAAGAUUCUGCUGAAGUUCUAGAUAGUGAUGCUCUUAAUAGGCCAUUAAAUAUUUUAAUUCCCAAGUUCCUGAAUUUUUUUAAGCAUGCCAGUCCAAAGAUAAGGUCACAUGCUAUUGCCUGUGUUAAUCAGUUCAUUAUGAGUAGAACACAGGUUUUGAUGUUACAUAUAGAUGCAUUUUUAGAGAAUUUAUUUCACUUGGCUUCUGAUGAGGAUCAAGAAGUAAGGAAAAAUGUAUGUAGAGCUCUAGUCAUGUUGUUGGAAGUUCGUAUGGACAGGUUGAUACCACAUAUUCAUAGUAUUAUAGAGUACAUGUUAAUGAGAAGCCAAGAUCAAGAUGAAGGUGUAGCACUUGAAGCUUGUGAAUUUUGGUUAUCACUAGCAGAAGAACCCAUUUGUAAAGAUGCACUAUCACCUCAUCUACAUCGCCUCAUUCCAAAUUUAGUUAGAGGAAUGAAAUAUUCAGAAUUAGAUAUAAUUCUCUUGAAGGGUGAUGUGGAAGAAGAUGAAAUGAUUCCUGAUAGGGAAGAGGAUAUAAAACCAAGAUUCCAUAAAUCUAAAACGCACAGUUUGAAACAUAUGGAUGAUAAUGCUGAGGAUGAUAAUGAAUCAGAUGAAGGAUUGGAUGAUGAUACUUCAUUAUCUGAUUGGAAUUUAAGAAAAUGUUCAGCUGCUGCUUUGGAUGUUUUGGCAAAUGUAUUCCAUGAAGAAUUAUUACCUGUUUUACUACCAAUUUUAAAGGAAACUCUCUUUCAUCAAGAUUGGGAAAUUAAAGAAUCUGGUAUUUUAGCUUUGGGUGCUAUUGCAGAAGGGUGUAUGAAUGGAAUGAUUCCACAUCUUCCAGAACUCAUUCCUUUUUUGAUUUCAUGUUUAUCCGACAAAAAGGCUUUAGUUCGCUCUAUCACGUGCUGGACUUUAAGCAGAUAUUCACAUUGGGUUGUCACUCAACAACACGAUUUAUAUUUGAAACCAUUAAUGACAGAGCUAUUAAAGAGAGUAUUGGAUGCAAACAAACGAGUUCAAGAAGCUGCUUGUAGUGCAUUUGCAACAUUGGAGGAAGAAGCUUGUACAGAACUAGUUCCUUACCUUGCCUUUAUUUUGGAAACAUUAGUAUUUGCUUUUAAUAAAUAUCAACAUAAAAAUCUUCUCAUAUUGUAUGAUGCUAUUGGUACAUUAGCUGAUUCAGUUGGACAUCAUUUAAAUAAACCAGAUUAUAUAAAUUUAUGAAUUAUACACAUUUUUAAUUUUCAUAAANAAAUCAACAAAUGAUUUUUCUUUUUCAUGUAGUGUCUUUCUAGUGUUGCAACUGCACUACAAUCUGGAUUUCUACCAUAUUGCGAACCAGUAUUUAGACGAUGUGUGUCAUUAGUAGAACAAACAUUAAAUCAGAAUAUGGCAAAUGCUGCUCAUCCAGAUCAAUUUGAGGCUCCUGAUAAAGAUUUUAUGAUUGUUGCCUUAGAUCUUUUAAGUGGUUUAUCAGAAGGUUUAAAUGGACAUAUGGAAUCUUUAGUAAUAUCAAGCAAUAUAAUGCAAUUAUUAUAUCAAUGUAUGCAAGAUCCAAUGCCAGAAGUACGACAAAGUUCUUUUGCAUUACUAGGUGAUUUAACUAAGGCUUGUUUUCAACAUGUUAAUCUUUGUAUACAGGAUUUUUUACCAAUACUUGGUCAGAAUCUGAAUCCAGAAUUUAUAUCAGUGUGUAAUAAUGCAACUUGGGCAAUAGGCGAAAUUUCAGUUAAGCUUGGUCAAGACAUGAAACCUUAUAUAGGAAUGGUUUUAAAUCAACUAAUUAGCAUCAUAAAUCGACCAAAUACACCUAAGACUUUAUUAGAAAACACAGCCAUAACAAUUGGUCGCCUUGGUUACGUAUGUCCUGAAGAAGUCGCCCCUAUGUUACAGCAGUUUAUACGCCCGUGGUGUACUUCAUUAAGAAACAUUCGUGAUAAUGAAGAGAAAGAUUCUGCAUUUCGUGGGAUAUGUAGCAUGAUCGGCGUAAAUCCAGCUGGAGUGGUUCAAGAUUUUAUUUUUUUCUGUGAUGCUGUUGCUUCUUGGGCAACUCCCAAACAAGACCUCAAACAUAUGUUUAAUGAGAUUCUUCAUGGUUUUAAGAACCAAGUAGGUGAAGAAAAUUGGAGACGGUUUUCAGAUCAGUUUCCUGCCCCAUUAAAAGAACGUCUUGGGGCCAAUUAUGGUGUCUGAAUAAGUACCAUUUGCCAAAAGCUGGGAAAGCUAAAUCACUGACCACACAAUAUUCAAAUGAAAAAAGGGAUAAUUGGGGUAACUGCAUUAGAUGAUUUAAGAUCAAGAAAUUGAGGAAGAUUAAACCAAUGGAAUGUUAUUUAGAAUCCAUUGUUCAUAUUGUUAUAAUUUUUGAAAUAAUUACGAUAAUAUAAGAUAUUAGUCAAAGGUUUUUCUUGUGGGGAAAAUUAUGCUAAGAACAUCACCUUUGAUUUUUCUCUUCUAUAAUGAAAUGUUGACUGCAACAGAAUAUAUACUAUUCACUUUGUGAACUUUUGAAAUUGAAAUGAUCAUUUUCCGUGGACUUUAACAUUUCCAAUUUUUCUUAACCAAUUUUAAGCAUUAAGUAUAUAAUGUUCUAGUAUUUUUAUGGUAUAACUUUAAAUAGAAUUUUCCAGUUGAACAAAAAUUGCAUUAUGUGCUUGUCAUGUAUUUCAAUGAUGAUGAUGAUAAAAAGAAAAAAGCUCUAGGAUAAGUUUAGAAAUAAGUUUAAUCAGAUUCUUAAAAAUAGUUUUCAUUUUCAAAUUAGGUUUAAGAUAGUUUAUAAGAUUGGUGUUGCUUGUUAGGAAUUGUGUAAAUUGUUAGUUGCUAGUGUUUAAAAAUAAGAAACUCUAUAUUAAUAUAGAGUAAUAU